GUGUUUUCUAUAAAAGUGUCAGGUGUUCUUUAAACAAAAGUUAGUAUUCUUCAAGAACAUGAAGCUUUUGAUUGUUAUAUUGGCGAUUAUCGCUGUUGUUUCGGCCGACAGGAUUGAACUUCGUGAUGGUGUUUUGGGCCGAAGUAUAUCCUCGUCAGCUAUUGAUGCUAUCGAAAAAAUGCGAGACCAAAUGCCAUGUGGUUUCCCCAAAUACGGUAUUCCCCCAUUAGCCCCAUUGAAGAUUGAACAUAAAGAACUUGCACUCAAAACCAACUCUUUAAGCGUUGAUGGUGUUGUCGAAGGAGUUCGUAUUGACGGUCUUAAUAACUUUGAGAUUUCCGAAUUUAAGAUCAAUGUUAUCUUCAGCAAGGUAACUUUCAGCUUCUUUUGGCCAAGCAUUGUGGUUAGAAGUAUGUAUGAUCUUGAAACUAGUGCAAAAGCUUACGGAUUUACUGUGGAUGUGAAAGGAAAGGGUAAUAUCUUGAUGGAUUUGAAGGAAUUGCAAAUAAGUGGAACUAUUAAAUAUUCAAUUUUCAAUGGAGUUAAAGUGAAGACACUUGAAAUUGUUCCAUCAAUUGGUGAUGUUGAUUCAAAUAUUGAUGGAAUUUUGGGACAAGGACUUGGUAACAAAAAAAUGAAUGAAUUUUUGGAAGAAUUAAUUUUACUUGGAUGCAAUGAUAAUCAAGAAUUAAUAACAAAAACUAUUGAAGAUAUGUUAGUGCCGAAAAUUAAUGAAGCUUGUGAAGGUUAUACUUUGACUGAUAUUAUUGGUAUUAUUGCCGGAGGUGAGGGUGGUGAGACAGAAAAGUGUAUUCCACCACCAGAGGACUAAUAAAUUCAAGAAGAUUGUGAUCUAAAAAAAAAAAACAAAAGAGUUCUUUGUGAAUAAAUAAAAUCGAAUUAAUCGUCAAAAAUCAAAA